CUCAAUAAAAGCACAUCACGAAUCACGAUGUACGAAGAGGAGAGAAAUCUGAUAAGAACUUUGUAUUUGUUGUGGUCUUCAAAAAAAUAUAAGCAAACCGAUCAGAAAGGUAAUGAAAGUUGAGUACUGUUAUUUUAACACGGGGACAAACAAGCGUCUGCUAGUUUUAUGUUAGCUUUGAAGACGAGCCUAAAAUGGCCGACAGAGAAACGAACUUUGACAGUCACAAUGGAGCUUGUAAUGGCGAUAUGGAUCCGAAAAUACUUAAUAAAAGUGACGAUGACGAUACAGGCUAUCACAAAGAAGAUGGCCAUCCCUUCAAGGGAAGCCCCAAAAAUGAUAAAAAGUCCAAAUCAAAAAAUACGAUCGAACUAAGACGUAAAAGAAGCACUUUGAGAAGACAACGUCCUGUUGACGUUAAACAUAGGGGGGAAUAUAAAUCGAAUAAAGAUGGAAGUAGUGAGGAUAACACGUCUUCUGACGACAAUACAAACAGCACAAGACCCGAUGAUGCAGAGCCAUCUUUGGAAGUGAACUCGGUACGUCUUAGGGAGGGAAAGAGCUCGAGGAAUGCCAGAAAUUCGGCUGGAGCUAGCGGGGGAGUCUUCAACGACGAUUUUCGAUCAAACUUUAGCGACUUUCAGGAUGAUUCUAGCGAAGAAAUGACCAGAGAUAUGGAAAAUGAAAUAAUCGAUCCCUUGAAGAACUUGUCGCUGUUUGUGCCACAGAACAACUGGGAAGAUUCCACUGAAGAUUUUUCAGACAUUGAUCGUCAUAACAUCAUAUCUGUUGGAGGUGACGAUCGGAGUGCGAGAAUGACGAUUAUUUUUUCUGCGUGCAGAUUACCACCAAAAACCGAGAUUGACCAUCAGAAAUUGUUCAGAUAUUUACAGCACACCUUGGAUCAGUACGUGGAAAAUGAUUACUCCUUAGUCUACUUCCAUCAUGGUCUGAACAGCAAGAACAAACCUUCUCUCUCUUGGCUCGUUCAAGUUUAUAUUGCUCUCGAUAGAAAGUACAAAAAGAACUUGAAGGCUUUAUUCAUUGUUCAUCCCACGCGGUUCAUUACAUACGCAUGGAACGUUCUAAAGAAGGUCAUAAGUACAAAGUUUGUAACGAAAGUUAUUUACAUCGGUCGUUUGGCUGAGCUGAGGGAAUAUCUUCAUAUUUCGCAAGUGGACAUUCCUGAUGCCGUUAUAAAGCGUGACGAAAAUAUCGCUGCACGGUCCAACAAACCUAAAUAUUCGCCUCCCGUGUUUCACACAGAUUUGGAUUCUCAACUUCCUUCAACGUCUCAGUUCGGAGUUUCUUUAGAAAGUAUUAUAUCAAACAAUGGAAAAGAUAUCCCUCCCGUGGUUGAAACUACUAUUGACUUCUUGAGAAAAAAAGGGCUCACAGUCGAAGGUCUAUUUCGCCGGUCGGCGAAUGUCUCACUUGUAAAGAGUUACACUGAGAAAUUUAACAGAGGGGAAGUGGUGGAAUUUUCUGAAGAAGAGGAGGUUCACGUGGCUGCUGUCUUGCUGAAGAAAUUUUUACGUGAUCUUCAUGAACCUUUGCUCACGUAUCGCUUAUAUGACGAUGUGAUUCGUAUACAUGAGUUGCAAGAAGAAGAUAGGUUGGAAGAGGUAAAGAAAGUUCUGAGAAAUUCUCUCCCUUCUCAAAAUUUUGUCGUCCUCAAGUAUAUCAUGGUUUUCUUAUCAGAGGUGAUGAGCAACUCUGGCAAAAACAAAAUGAAUUCCAAUAAUUUGGCCAUCGUCAUUGGACCGAAUUUAAUAUGGAACAACUCUCCUGUCGCUUCCUUGAAUGCGAUGGGGCCAAUCAACUCAAUAACAAAGAUAAUUAUAGAGAAUAUGUCGAGGAUUUUUGACUAAUUUAAAGUCUUGUAUAUAUUUGUACGUAUGUGAAUAUGAACUGAAGUUGUCUUAGUAGGCAAGAUUGAUUGAGGUUUAUCAGUAAUCUAUUUUUUUGGCAAAAUUAUGUUUGGCAAUUUUUCUAAACACUCACAUGCAUACGCAAGUUCUACUUCAAGUUUAUCUUUAUUGCGAUGAACAACUUUGUUUUGAUUUAAUUUCGUUCGUUUUACUAUUUCGUUUUCAUGUUAUACAUCAAGCAGGUCAAGCAGGUUAGAAAUCUUCGAAUGUGUGCUUCAUUUGCAAUUAGAACUUUUCAAUGAAAUAUUACUAAAGCUCUCCUCCUGUGAACAACAAAAUGUACAAUGAUCAAAUUUGUACUAUAAGCUAAAAUAGAGAUAACGUAUUGAUAUAUAUAUAUAUUUAUACAUUGUUAAAAUUGUGAAAGUUUAUUAUUUCUA